AGAUCCCAUCCCGGGAUGUCGGGGGCCGGCGAGGAAGAGGCGGGGUCCGCGGGCGGGUGGAGCUCACCCCUCGAGGCUGCCCUCUUGGCGCGCUCGCGUCCUCCCCUACUCCCGGCCCUGCCACUCCCUCGCUGGCCUGAACAGCUGUUUACAACGGAAUCCGGACGCCGGGCGCGAGUGGAGCUCAGUGCCAGAGGAGGGGAUUCCCGGCGCCGGGGGACAGAGCCCCGUUUUUUUUUUCUUUGCCGAAAGACCCUUUCUGCUGGGGAGCCUCUUGUGUCGAGCCUAGGCCCGCGUGCAGCCCCGACGGAUGACCGUCUUCUUGGCAAGUGCGAGGAUCCUCCUCCCCUCGGCUCUCUUUUUAGACACAGUGGGGGUUGAAUGGAUGCGCGCGAUAUAAGCAAAUUAAAUGGUUCCUGGCCACAUCCUAGAGCCCUUUAAUUAGAGUUACCAUUUGUAGAAGGCCUGCCGUGCACAAUCCCUCGUUUCAUCUCCCCCCAAACCGAGCAGGAAAGUGAAUAAACUUAAUUGAGAAUGUCUGAAAACCUUGACAAGUCCAAUGUAAAUGAAGCAGGAAAAUCAAAAUCCAGUGAUUCUGAGCAAGGCCUCGAAGAUGCUGUGAAAGGUGCUGAUGAAGCCUUACAGAAAGCAAUAAAGUCAGACUCCUCCAGCCCGCAAAGAGUGCAGAGACCUCACUCUAGUCCUCCUCGCUUUGUGACAGUAGAAGAACUUCUAGAGACAGCGAGAGGUGUCACCAACAUGGCUCUAGCCCAUGAAAUUGUAGUAAAUGGAGACUUUCAGAUUAAACCAGUUGAAUUACCAGAAAACAGCUUGAAGAAGAGAGUAAAGGAGAUUGUACAUAAAGCAUUUUGGGAUUGCUUGAGUGCGCAGCUAAGUGAAGACCCCCCAGCAUAUGACCAUGCUAUCAAACUUGUAGGAGAAAUCAAAGAGACUCUCUUAUCUUUCUUGCUGCCUGGUCAUACUAGACUGAGAAACCAGAUAACAGAAGUCUUGGAUCUGGAUCUGAUAAAGCAGGAAGCAGAGAAUGGGGCCCUAGACAUUUCUAAGCUGGCAGAAUUCAUUAUUGGCAUGAUGGGAACACUGUGUGCACCUGCUCGAGAUGAGGAAGUUAAGAAACUAAAGGACAUUAAGGAAAUAGUGCCCCUUUUCAGAGAAAUUUUUUCUGUGUUGGACCUAAUGAAAGUGGACAUGGCCAACUUUGCUAUCAGUAGCAUCAGGCCUCAUCUCAUGCAGCAGUCAGUUGAGUACGAAAGGAAGAAGUUUCAAGAGAUUUUGGAGAGGCAACCAAAUUCCCUGGACUUUGUCACCCAGUGGCUGGAAGAAGCCUCAGAGGACCUUAUGACUCAGAAGUAUAAACACGCCCUGCCAGUGGGGGGAGCGGCUGCUGGCUCUGGGGACAUGCCCAGGCUGAGCCCUGUUGCUGUCCAGAAUUACGCUUACCUGAAGCUUCUGAAGUGGGACCACCUCCAGAGGCCGUUCCCCGAAACAGUUUUAAUGGACCAGUCUCGCUUCCAUGAGCUCCAGUUGCAGCUGGAACAACUGACCAUCCUGGGGGCUGUGUUGCUGGUCACCUUCAGCAUGGCAGCCCCAGGAAUUUCCAGCCAGACCGACUUUGCUGAGAAACUCAAGAUGAUUGUGAAGAUUUUGCUAACAGAUAUGCACCUGCCCUCCUUCCAUCUGAAGGACGUCCUCACUACCAUCGGGGAGAAGGUGUGCCUGGAGGUGAGCAGCUGCCUCUCCCUGUGUGGGUCCUCCCCCUUCACCACGGACAAGGAGACCGUGCUCAAGGGCCAGAUCCAGGCCGUGGCCAGCCCCGAUGACCCCAUUCGUAGGAUCAUGGAAUCUCGAAUCCUGACCUUCUUAGAAACCUAUCUUGCCUCGGGUCAUCAGAAGCCAUUGCCCACAGUCCCUGGGGGACUCAGUCCAGUUCAGAGAGAGCUGGAGGAAGUUGCUAUUAAAUUUGCUCGCCUGGUCAACUAUAACAAGAUGGUCUUCUGUCCCUACUACGAUGCAAUCCUCAGUAAGAUCCUCGUCCGAUCCUAACGUGUAUGCACCCUACAGCAGCAGUAUUACUCACUAGCCACAGAAUACCUGUUCUCAACUCUAAUGUUGCAUUGGAAAAUGGCUAUAUAGUACGUCUAUUUAACAGCACCGAUUCCAAAGGGAAGAAUAUUGUGUAUCACUGUUGAAAAGACUUGUUGAAAAAUCCACUGAAUUCUAUUUUGAGAGAUUGUAUUUAUGAGUGCAAGUUUACAGAUCAAAGAAGCAUUUUGUUCUCGAGUUUUACAGGUAACACUCAGCUGUGUCUCCACUCCUCCCCCAUCAUGUCCUUCCAAGGAGGCUGGGACCUCUCUCUUCUGCAGUCUGGGUAGUUCUUUCAGAUGCCCCAUGCUGAGCUGACAGCCAUCCAAGCGCAAAAGAGACCAACCAUGGCCUCAUCUCCUGCCCUCCCUCAGACAGCCUUGUCCCUCACCCCUCCCUUCCGAUAUUUUUGUUAGAAGGGCUAUAUAACGUCUUAUUGCCAUUUUCUCCCCCUAUUUAUUGCUUCCUCCCUGCCUGGCCUAGCCAGGGCUCCCAAGCCCUUUUUUCUAGAGGAGAGUUAUUUGUCUCUCUCUUUUUUUUUUACUUUCUUUUUUAUAUUUAAACAUUCUUUCUUUUAACCUUCCCCCAAAGAUACAGUUAUUGGACUUUAAAAAGCUUGUUCUUUUAUACAAAAUUACUCCUGCAUCUGGGUGAGAGCAGUUAUGACUUAUGAGAUCUAGUGAAAGGAAAGUCUUUGACUUUCAAGCCUGGAAAGUCAAGGAGGAAAUGUUUUGAAAAAUAGUUUACUGUAAUGUGAACGAAGAGAAAUGUCUGGAAUUCUUACUGAAAAAUUGACUCUGAGACAGUACACAGAUGUGUUGAUUGAAUUAAAUUCUGGAAUUAGAUUUAACUGUUUUCAGAUAAAAUAGCUUGAGUUCAUGAAUCUCCAAGAUAAGGAAGUCAUAGAAAAUCCCUGGUCUUUGAGCAUUAUUUUUCGAGGAGCUUCAGUGACCAGAAUUCCUGACAUGUCCUCUGAGUGUGAGUGAUUUGGGUCUCACAGACAAUCUGUUCUGUUUUAUUUGUUGUUGUUGUUUAAAGUGUACACGUGUAUGUCUGCAUUUUAGACAGGGACAUUAUAUUAGAAGCAGAGCCAUGAAGUUGGAAUGACCAACUGCCACAACAGCAAGGGGUAAGACUAUAUUACUGUACGAGUAAUGCAGUAAUAUCAGCACCUAAAGCCUUCUGGACAGGAAGCUAAGAGAAACUUAGAAGCUGGCCGGGCGUGGUGGCUCACCCCAUAAUCCCAGCACUUUGGGAGGCCGAGGCAGGCAGAUCACCUGAGGUCAGGAGUUUGUGACCAGCCUGGGCAACAUGGUGAAACCCCAUCUCUACUAAAAAUACAAAAAUUAACUGGGUGUGGUGGCACGCACCUGUAAUCCCAGCUACUUGGGAGGCUGAGGCAGGAGAAUCGCUUGAACCCGGGAGGCAGAGGCUGCAGUGAGCUGAGAUAGUACCACUGCAUUCCAGCCUGGGCAACAGAGUGAGACUCUGUCUCAAAAAAAAAAAAAAAAAAAAAAAAAGAAAAGAAACUUGGAAGCCAUUUCAGAAAGACUCCAGGAAGGCCAGCAGCCACUCCUGCACAACCAGGGGGAGGGGCUACAUUUUACUGCAACAGCUGCUUUCUCUGAUCCUUCUUUGUAAGGAAAUGCAGUGAUUUUGUGUUUUCAAGGAAGACUUGAAGAAGCAGUGGGUAGGUAUUCCAAUAGGACUGAUGGGGAGGAAAGCAGAUACUCCAUGAGAAGGAUAUCAGACCCGGUAGAGUCAGAAUACAUUCUGCUUUCAGGAUUUUUGAGAUUGCUGAUGGUCCCAGGGUUUAUACAAGGACUUGGAUCUAGCUGUAGAAACUCAGGUAGAAAUUACAUGUAUGCAGAUCAGCACUGAUGUUGGUUCUAAUCUAUAAUGAUGUGAUAAAUUAAAAAAACAAAACAAAAAACAGGGCUGGGCGUGGUGGCUUACGCUAUAAUCCCAGUACUUUGGGAUGCCAAGGCGGGAGGAUCAUCUGAACCCAGGAUUUCAUGUCCAGCCUGGGCAACAUAGUGAGAUCACGUCUCUACAAAAAAUACAAAAAAAAAUUUGCCUGUCAUGAUGGCACACAGUUGUACUCCCAGCUACAAGCUGAGGCUGAGGAAAAGGAUCACUUGCACCCAGGAGUUCGAGGCUGCAGUGAACUAUGAUCGUGCCACUGUGCUCUAGCCUGAGUGACAGAGCCAGACCCUGUCUCUCCUCAACAAAAAAAGUAGAGCCAGAUGUAUCUUUUUGGGUCCCAGGCAGGAGACUGGAGAAUCUGGGUCACUGUAAUCUGGCAGAUUGGCUGCAUUUUGUGAGGGUACUUUUAUUCAUAUUUAUUUAUUUUUGUUUGUUUGAAUGUAUUAUUUUUUUUAAUAGAAACCACAUCACUUCAUUUGUUACAGCGAAUAAUUCAAGAGGGCCCCAGAAAGCUUUUUCAUCCACAGAAUUACAGAAAGGAUAAGCACCCUCACCACCCAAGCCUUUGGUUUUUUUUUUUUUUUUUUCAAGACGGAGUCUUGCUCUUUCACCCAGGCUGGAGUGCGGUAGCAUGAUCUCAGCUUGCUGCAACCUCCAUCUCCCGGGUUCAAGCGAUUCUCCUGCGUCAGCCCACUGAGUAGCUGGGAUUACAGGCACACGCCACCAUGCCCAGCUAAUUUUUGUAUUCUUAGUAGAGACGGGGUUUCACCAUGUUGGCCAGGCUGGUCUCGAACUCUUGACCUCGUGAUCCAUCCGCCUCGGGCCUCCCAGAGUGCUGUGAUUACAGUGGUGAGCCACUGCACCCGGCCUGUCUUUAAGUUUUAUACUAGUUAGGAGGCUAGUCUAUCAGAAUGUCCCUAAUUUAGCUGAGGAACCUGGACAAGUCUUCCUUGAUUUCAGCUUCAUCCCAAGGCCCGUCAAUGUUUUCUUUAAAAAGCUGCAGGCGAAUGAGGUAAAAUGGACAGAAACAUGAGAUAGAAAUCAACAGAAGGGCAAACAGUACGGCUCCCACAGCACUAAUAGGCAGUAGGCCUUCCGAGGCCGAAAAGGCAAAAAGCAGUGUGACCACCACAUAGCCCUUGGGAGUCCAUGCCUUUAGUUUCUUCUGUAGCAUGAGCCAUAGGACAAAAAUCUGAAUGGCAAGUGUUACCAUGAUGAAGACAUGCAGGGACUGGGGAAGGUGGAAGCCAAGCAUCCACAAGCAAAGAUGGCCAUGUUCAAGGAUAGUGUGCUGGAUACAGUGGAUACAAAGGCAUCAUUGGCACCGUAGUUAAAAAAGAUGAGGGUGGCCUACCAGCAUGAAGACUGACAUGGCAUAGAUGGUGUCAGUGCUGACAGACUCUGUCAGGGUCUUAGCACUGGUGAAAAGCCGUAAGUGAAAGUAAUGAAGACUAGGGCGCUCUUCAGGUCAGCCCACUGGGUCCACCCACUCUUCUGCCCUUCACCUCCAUCAGUGAGAUCAAACAAAACAUACCCAAUCAGUGAAGAAGCCAGGCCAGUCUCAAAAAGCCAAUAGGGGGUCAGAAGACCCUCAUCCAUAUACCACCAGAUAACCAGAAAAACACAAACACUGCACAGCUGCGGGAUCACCACACUGGACUCAAACACCGUAGCCCAAUAUUGGUGUUUCCAAGCAUGGAUGUUUUUCCGGAGCUCUUCUAGGAACCGCCGGUCCACAUAGUUAUCAGGAAAGGGCUGUUGCUCAUACAAGACCCUCUGCCACUUUACCUCCUUGGCGCUAGUUACAGGUUGGGUACACAUUAUCCUUUCAUUCAAACUCAGGCCAGUUUAAUCAUCCCUCUCACAGAGGUCCAUGUGGUUGUUGAUGACAUUUUGAAAUGAGACCUCCCUGGAAAUUCCAUGCCUUGGUUGAUAUUCUACCAACCUUUCCUUGUUUUCAAAGGCAGCAAUCCAGGCCAGGCCUACAAUAGAUGAGUUUGUCUCUGAGGCAGGAUAUAAUACGGCCAAGUUCCUGUCUGAGAGUUCCUGGGGAUGCGUGGCUGGGGGAUGGCGGUUGCCUGCCUUUUUCCUUGUAAGGGUAUUUUUUUUUUUUUUUUUUUUUGAGAUGGAGUCUCUCUCUGUCGCCCAGGCUGGAGUACAGUGGCGCAAUCUCGGCUCACUGCAACCUCUGCCUCCCAGGUUCACACCAUUCUCCUGCCUCAGCCUCCCAAGUAGCUGGGACUACAGGCGCCUGCCACCAUGCCUGGCUAAUUUUUUUGUAUUUUUAAUAGAGACGGGGUUUCACCGUGUUAGCCAGGAUGGUCUCAAUCUCCUGACCUCGUGAUCCACCCGCCUUGGCCUCCCAAAGUGCUGGGAUUGCAGGUGUGAGCCACUGCGCCCUGCCGUGAGGGUACUUUUAAAGAAGAUAACAUCUUCCAUGGUGUAUUCAAUGAGGUCAUGUCUGGAAUUGGUCCCUUGAGGUGGAGGCUGCUCUGUGGCCACUGUGCCUGGCGGUUGUGUGAUCCUGGGUUCCUGGGCUGAGAAGCCUCAGCCUCAGAGUGUUUGGGGCCUUUUCCUCCGGCUCCAAGGCUGAAGGAGAGGAGCUUACCCCCAACUGCACAGCGCUGAUCACCACUUCCUGUAGUCACUCUUCCUAAAUCUCAAAAACUCUUCUUUUUUAAGAGUAAAUUCUUGCAAGAUAUUUUUCCCCUCCUGAGUUCUUAAAUUGCCAGAGUUCCAUUUGGACAGUUUGAAAUCUUGAUGCAUGAAUAACUGGCUUCACAGACUCUCUUGGCCCCCCACUACCUCGGUGUCCACUGGUGGAGUUCUGCAACUGGCAAAAGUCAAGAAUGAAGGAAGCAAACUUCAGAACCACAGUGUUCAUAUUGAACCAUUUUGUUGUUGCUCUAUGAAGAUAAGCUAAUUUUCUUCCUGGAAUCUCAUGGGAUUAUUACUAAGGGCCAGGGAGAUCCACUUCGUUCAUUUAGUCACUCAGGAAGCAUUGCUAAGCAUCCCCCUGUACCUUCCCCUACAGCUCUCCUUCCAAAACGAAACAUCCUUUGGAGUGUGUUGUCCUCCAGAAUCGAAUGGAUUCUAUAUGCUGCAUUCAGUAACAGGUUGUGGAGACAAGUGUCUUUUCCUGAAAUUGCUAAGUGUAUUUGGCAGUACUUUACUACUUGUGGAUAGAACUGAGAGUGAGGUCAGUAUCACGAAGCCUCUUGGAUUUCUUCAGUAGUCUCAUGGAUGAGUGAAUGUUUAGAGUAAGUGCUACUUUGUUGACUCUUGGUUGGGUGGAUGGAUUCUCGGUCCUGGUGUUUUUAAAAAUCUCAUUCUGGCCGGGCGCGGUGGCUCACGCCUGUAAUCUCAGCACUUUGGGAGGCUAAGGCGGGCGGAUCACCUGAGGUCAGGAGUUUGAAACCAGCCUGACCAACAUGGCAAAACCCGUCUCUAUUAAAAAUACAAAAAUUAGCCGGGUGUGAUGGCACAUGCCUGUAAUCCCAGCUACUCGGGAGGCUGAGGCAGGAGAAUCACUUGAACCCUGGAGGUGGAGGUUGCAGUGAGCCGAGAUCGCGCCAUUGCACUCCAGCCUGGGUGACAGAGCGAGACUCUGUCUCAAAAAAAAAAAAAAAAAAUCUCAUUCCGUCUAAAGCAAGCUACAAAAUAUGAUUAUUUAUGUCACGAUAUGACCCAGCCAUAAAUGUACUUCAGGUAAGAAGCACACUGACAUGAUAUCUUACUGAUCAAAUGCAGUCGGUAGGUAUAUAUGAACUUUUUUCUCUGUGAAGAAAAGCUAUUAAGAAGUUUGACUUAAUAGGCCUAUAGUAUGCACAUACUGGCCAAGAUUCUAAAUGGAUUAUUCAGCAGUUCUGUUUUUAUGGAGGUGCUUAUUCUCAUUUCUCCAAAGCCUUAAGAUUCCUCGGAAUAGAGGAAAUGUUGCUGCCACCAACUUUGCUGGUGAAUUUCAAAGAGAAUAUAGGUGUUUGCUGUUUGAUUUCCAGUGACCUUUUGGUGAGCUCUGAUUUAUAUGUAGAACAUUUGUGUUUCUUUUCAUUUUGAGACCAGGUGGUAGAGUGGAAAGACUGGGAGCGGUCAGGAAACCAAGGCUUGGAUCUCCACUCUGUUAUGUACCAGCUGGGGCAAAUAGGGCCCAUUCCCAACUCCUUUAAAAUGAAAGGACUAGACUUGGUCUUUAAGCUCCCUUCCGAUUCUAACAUUUUGGUGGUAGCAGGAUUGUGCACAAAGCUCCUGAUUUAGAGAAAGAUCUGGGUUUUAGUCUUUUUUCCUCUAUCGCCGCCUUACCAGUUGUACAGCAUUGGGCCAGCCAUUCUCCCCAAGGCCUCGGUAUUUUCAUUGUUAAAUGGGAACACUCCUAAUUCACACUGUUGCUAUGAGGAUUACAUUUGGUAAUGAAUGAUAGAAUGCUUCGUACAUGGAAAAGGACUAUACCUUGCUUUUUUAACUACAAAGGCGAACACGUAACCCUCUACCUGUGGAUGCACAUUUGCUAUGGUGUUACGUUCCACUGGUAGCGCCCAACCUCCCUUCAUUCAAGCACAUUUUACAGGCCUACAGGGAAGGUUUUCUUCCUGUCCUCUCCUAAGACUUGUUUACGUUCAUCAUCUCUUCUAUACUAGAGCUGCAGUCUUACAUUUGCUUACUUUCUGACAUCCACCCCCACCUCAGUGAUUUCUCCCCAUCUCCACCUCUAUAUUAUUUGAACUAAAUUCAUGAAUGAACAAAUGAGUGGAUGAAUGAAUGAUAAUGGAUAAUGGGCUAUGAAGUCAUAUUUAAAGGCACUAUCUCAUUUAAAAACAAUCUAAAUAAAUAACUACAAUGAUA